UCCUCAGAUAACAGCUGGCAAUAAAUCCAUCAGCACAUCCACGUUCAGAGAACAGUCCCUGCUGAACUGCUAACAGCUGCCAAUAUCUCGUUGAGUACCUCACACAAGAUGGGCUCUAUGUGAGUAUCACUGGUCUGGGCAGACUUCCCCCUCUACUGUAAAGGCUGCUGAAGACCUGCAGGUGUAACAGGACCUUCCCUAAGAACCUGGAGGAGAAGACCCUCAGCCCAGUCCUCGCCAUGCUCAGGGCUGUCUGGGAUGCCCCUCAGCAUUGGCUGCAGGAGGGGAGAGAGUCCCGGAAGCUGGUGCUGGUGGUUGUGUUUGUGGCUCUGCUCCUGGACAACACGCUGCUCACUGUGGUUGUGCCCAUCGUGCCCACCUUCCUCUAUGCCACAGAAUUCAAAGAAGUCAACACUUCUCUGCACCUCGGCACGGCCACAACUUCCCGGCACGCCCUCACUUCUCCUGCCUUUUCCACUAUCUUCUCCUUCUUUGAUAACAACACCUUGGCUGUUGAAGAAAGUGCGCCCAGUGCCACAGCAUGGACAAAUGCCACUUCUGGCACCGUCGCCCCUCCAGUCACAGAGGCCAUCUCAUCCCAGAAAAACAACUGCCUGCAGCACUCGGAGUUCUUGGAGGAAGAGAACAUCCGAGUCGGGCUUCUGUUUGCUUCAAAGGCUGUGAUGCAACUUCUGGUCAACCCAUUCGUGGGCCCUCUCACCAACAGGAUUGGAUAUCACAUUCCCAUGUUUGCUGGCUUUGUUAUCAUGUUUCUCUCCACAGUUAUGUUUGCUUUUGCUGGUACCUAUACCCUGCUCUUUGUGGCUCGAACCCUUCAAGGCAUUGGAUCUUCAUUUUCAUCUGUUGCAGGUCUUGGGAUGCUGGCAAGUGUCUACACUGAUGACUAUGAGAGAGGCCGUGCCAUGGGAAUCGCCUUGGGGGGCCUGGCUUUGGGGGUGCUGGUGGGAGCUCCCUUCGGAAGUGUGAUGUAUGAGUUUGUUGGGAAGUCUGCACCCUUCCUCAUCCUGGCCUUCCUGGCACUGCUGGAUGGAGCACUCCAGUUUUGUAUUUUACAGCCUUCCAAACUCUCUCCUGAGAGUGCCAAGGGGACUCCGCUCCUUACACUUCUCAAAGACCCUUAUAUCCUGGUGGCUUCGGGCUCCCUCUGCUUUGCCAACAUGGGAGUGGCCAUGCUGGAGCCCACACUGCCCAUCUGGAUGAUGCAGACCAUGUGUUCCCCUGAGUGGCAGCUGGGUCUAGCUUUCCUGCCUGCCAGCGUCUCCUACCUCAUUGGCACCAACCUCUUUGGUGUGUUGGCCAACAAGAUGGGUCGAUGGCUUUGCUCCCUGAUUGGCAUGGUGGUAGUAGGUACCAGCUUGCUUUGUGUUCCUCUGGCUCGUAAUAUUUUUGGCCUCAUUGGUCCCAAUGCAGGGCUUGGCUUUGCCAUAGGCAUGGUGGACUCCUCUAUGAUGCCCAUCAUGGGACACCUGGUGGACCUGCGCCACACCUCUGUGUAUGGGAGUGUCUAUGCCAUCGCUGAUGUGGCCUUUUGCAUGGGCUUUGCUAUAGGCCCAUCCACUGGGGGUGCCAUUGUGCGUGCUAUCGGUUUCCCCUGGCUCAUGGUCAUCAUCGGAGUCGUCAACAUCAUCUAUGCUCCUCUCUGCUGCUACCUGAGGAGGCCCCCAGCCAGAGAGGAGAAGCUUGCAAUUCUGAGCCAGGAAUGCCCAAUGGAGACCCGGAUGCAUGCAGUCCAGACGUCCGUGAGGGCAUUUCCCCUGGGGGAGGACAGCGAUGAGGAGCCUGGCAGUGAGGAGCAGCAGCAGAAGGUGGUCCCUGAGCCUGUCACAUGUGGUUCUAUGAGGCUCAGACCUCAAUGA